AUGUUUAAAUCAAUACUCAAGAUCGGGAUCGAGAAUCAUUACUCGUCCAAGAUCUAUACCAGCGGCUCCCGCAUCACAGGCGUCGUAGCCGUCUGUCCAGACACCGAUCUCUCUUUUCAUUGCAUUCAGAUCGUUCUCGUUGGCACCGCUUGCACAAGAGUCGACAUGCUACCAGUCCCCAAGACAACCAACGAUGUCUUUCUCAAUCUGGAUAUGCCUAUCACCAAGACAUCCUACCCUCCAGGGCAGAUCUUCAUUGCCAGACAGAAACACGAAAUUCCCUUCGACUUCACAGUGCCCCAUAUGCUUCACAAAGACUCUUGCGACACCAUUUCAGGAGAGCAUUCCCACGACCAGCAUAUGCGACUUCCCCCAACCAUGGGAAGCUGGGAGAAGGACGACAUGUCUCCAACCAUGGCUAGAAUCGAGUACAAGAUAGUCGCCAGGGUGCUCCGCAAGCGUUCUUCCCUCUACAAAGGCACAAUCGAGACCAGUCAGCUUAUCAAGGUCCUCCCGGCAUUUCCUGAAGAUCCACCCUUGAGCAUCAACAGUCGUGACGCGCGAUAUACCCUUUAUAGUACCAAGGCGGUCCGGCGAAAUCUACUCUCGGUCAAGAAGGAUCGCAUCAUGAUCAAAGCUUCCCAACCUCAGGCUCUUCAUGUAAGCAUUGGUGGAUAUCAACUCCCAAGCUCGCAAUCCUCGGUUAUACUGGACUUCAUCUUCGAAGCAUCUUCCGCCUUUUCUUUCCCGCCAGAAGUAACUCUCGGUCAAGUAAAGCUAGAAGCUCAGACGUGGUUCACUGGUACACCCAUGAAAGUGGUUCCUGAUCUGGGCAACCCGCGCGAUAUGGCAGGUCUCCGCCACGAGCUCAGGUACUCCACGAACGUCAAGCUCUCAACGACCGACACAGGAGUCAUUCUAUGGCACAAGGAUGUCAGUGGGGAGGAACAGGGUUUGAGCACGUGGCGGUCGAAGACCAAGAUCCCAAUCCGGCUCCCUACCGCACACAAGAUGUUCCUUCCGACAUUCUACAACUGCUUCAUCGCCCGGAGCUACAUCCUCCACAUGAGCUUCAACUCCAGUGGGUCAAAGACAAACCUAUCCGUUCCCCUGCAGAUUGCGUCGCAGUCGCUAUACCCAAAGGCAUCGGAGCCAGAGAUUGAGGAUCUGCCAUCUUUUGAAGCAUCUCUGACGUGGGGCUGA